AGAAAUUGUAAUCUUGUCUCCAAUAGUGUGCAGUGAACAUAUAUUUGUAUGUUAAGGAUUUGAUCUUCUCUCUAAUAGUGUGCAGUGAACAUAUAUUGGGUAAAGUGUGCAGUGAAUAUGCAGUAAAUAUCUCCAAUUGUGUGCAAGUGUGCAAGUAAACAUAUAUUGUUUAACAUAUGCAAUGAACAUGUUAUUCUGUAUAAUCAUAUUAAUAUGUGUACAAAUAAGUGUGAAGUGAAUGUAUAACAGUAAGAGCAAGCCUAGUAGUUAGCUGAGUACAUGUAAACUUUAAACCAGCACCUAAAGGGCAAACAGCCAAGAAUAUACCUGAGUUCAAAAGGCACAGCCAAAAAUAUAGCAGGUUCACAGCACAAGACCAUAUCUGUGGGAAAAGUCUGCAACACUACAUGUAUAAAAGCAAGACAGGGACACAGAGAGGCAGAGGUUCAUGGAGAGACAUUUGUUUGUCUGUUAGCCUCUCGUUUUUAUUGUCUGGCAAUAAAUCCAACUUUUGAAAUCAAGACCCACUGACUCGAUUGCUGAUUGAAAGAAAAGGAACCGAACACGACAAAUUGGUGACCCCGAGACGUGAUUUGGCUAGGAGCAACGGAGUGGGGACCUCGCUGGCGGAGUCUGAUGCGGGCGACACAAUUGCAGUGGCCACUGUGAAAAAAGCUAUUUAUGUCCAGGAAACCAGGCGACAGCCACCUGAGAAGGGAGAAACGCCAGGACCGGUGGUGCCAGGUGAUCAGGUGUAUCUAAAGGUGUUCCGGAGAAAGUGGAAUGAGCCAAGACGGGAAGGACCAUAUCGAGUUGUGAGAGCCACCCCAACUUCAAUUCAAGUGGAGGGGAGUACAACGUGGUACCAUCUAAACCACUGCACGAGGGUUCCAAAGGAGAAAGUGACAGCAGGAGACCACCAGCGGGAAACUGCCAGCCCAGAAAAGCCCACAGCAGAGAGUGAUGGUGAGCAAAAUGUGGCAGAGAAUGAUGAAUAAAACUAUUAGACAAGUGACUAUGAUAAUAUGUCUAAGCAUCAUAUACAUGCCACAAAAUCAAGCCACUAGAAACAAUAUAACUCAAAAUCCAACCACUCUCAAUGACGACCUCCAACUUAUGAGAAACAUCUCAGAUACAGGAAGCAUAACUCAAAGGCCCAAUUACACUUCCAUGCGGACCACACUGCAGUCACUAAGGAAUGAAAGUAGUAGUGCCAAUACAAGUGAACUGCCACUAGAAGAAUAUGGAAAACAGCGAAGGGAUGUUGAUAACUUGUACGUCAUUCACGAGGAACACACAGAACUAGACAUACUUUUGGAAACAGCACAGAGUAAUCAAUGGUUUCAAUGGGCUUCUUUCACAGCAUCAGAAAUUAGCAAAGAGAACUGCCUUUUCUGUACAAAAACUCCAAUGAGUCAAGUGGUUGUGGUCCCAAAUCCUUUCACUUAUGAACAUUGUGCUGAAUUUAACAGAGAUUUCUGUCAUAUGGAACAAGACUUGAGACUUUUCUGUCCAGCUGAAUGUUUGGGUUACUUAAGCCACUCAACACUAAAAACUUUAUUUAGACAUGUUGGACGUUUGAAAUCUAAAUGUAGAAGCUUUGGCAUUAAUGAAAAUUUAAAAGUGAAAAAUAUUCAAGUAGAAAUUCCUCUAUGGUUUUCUAUUGAUUACACAAAAGAAUAUGAAUGUUUUGUUAAACCUUCAGGAGUAGUAGAUGUUGGCAAAUUUAAAGGAAAAUGUAGUGUAAUUUGGAAUCUUGAUCCACAAAAAACUCUUAGAAAUUAUGACGAUCCACCAUUUGCGUCAUCAUUUCGAGCAACAGGAACAAAACAUGGAAAGAUAAUAGAGCCAGCAAAAAAUUGUGAAAAUCAAACUAUAGCUUUACCUGAUAUAGAUAGAUAUAAGGAUCAAACGCUAGCACUAGCAGACUUCUUUUGGAUGUGUGGGAAUAGAAAGCUGUUACCUUCUUUACCCUUAGGAUGGACUGGUACCUGUACUAGAGUACGUAUAAUACAAGAAAUACAAGUUAUAAAUUGGGAUACUGAAUCUACAAUAGGUGAAAGUGACACAAUUAAUUAUAGAGUUAAAAGAAGUUAUAAACCAGACCCUACAGUAUACAUAGAUUCCAUAGGUCAGCCACGAGGUAUACCAGAUCAAUUCAAAGCAAGAAAUGAGGUUAAAUCAGGAAUUGAAUCAAUACUUAUUUGGAUAUCACAAAACAAAAACACAGAAUGGAUAAAUUACAUUUACUACAACCAACAAAGAUUUAUUAAUCACACAAAUGAAGCAUUAAUGUCAUUGGGGGAACAAUUAGAUGCAACUAGUAGAAUGACAUGGCAAAAUAGAUUAGCGCUUAAUUGGAUGUUAGCGGAUAAAUCGGGCGUAUGUGUGCUCUUUGGCGACCAGUGUUGCACUUAUAUACCAAAUAAUACAGCGCCAGAAGGUACGUUUACAAAAGCUAUGACAAAACUCAAAGAAUUACAGGUAGAGAUGGCUACAAAUGCGGGGAGAGAUGAAAAAAUGUGGGACUGGUUUGAUCUGAAACUAGGAGCAUGGGGAGCCUGGCUAGCUAAAAUGGGAAUGUUUUUAGGUGUGGCAAUAUUAAUAGGAGCAUUAUUAUUUUGUUGUGUACUGCCAUUAUUAAAAUCAUUAAUUGUCAAAGCUUCAACAAAGCAAAUGGAAAUGCUACAAUAUCACGGACGUGGGAAAAUGAUGCUUGUAAAUGACCAUUAUGGACAGUCUGGGCACUGGGCAGAUCAACUUAAAUGGCAAACUCAAAUAUCAACAAGUUCUGAAGAGUCUGAAAGCUCAGACGAAGAAAAGGAAUACAAAUGAUUCAUACCCUGGGUGUAAGUGCUAGAACCUCUACCCCAAGGGAAGCCCUCAACGAUGCGCAAAGUAUCUGGGCUGAAGAGGAACACGUUGUGAUGGGCAACUACUUUUGAUGUUUGUGAUUAUUGUGUGAGAUAUAUUAUGUGUGUAAAAGAUUAAUGAUAACAAUAUCUAUAUAUAGUAUUGUAUUCUACAUAACUGUGACACCCACAGGCAAGUGCUGAACCAAUUGCACGCUCAUGCUUUAAACACUAUUUUCUAUGAAACAGAAAAAACAGAGGAAGAAGUCUUUUACUAUCCCUAUGUCAACAGUAGGGGUAGAUGUUUGGCUUCUACUUCUGCCACAGUGCGGUAGCAUAAUCUGGUCAAUUGGUAACUAUUAUGUGGCUAAUAUCAGUCACUAGAUAGUGGUAACUAAGGGAACCGGAUUGUGAAAUUGCACUAUGGGUAAAAAACAAUAAUAUUAAGACUUCAGAAAAAGUCUUAAGAGGAGGGAAUAUGACGGAGAAAUUGUAAUCUUGUCUCCAAUAGUGUGCAGUGAACAUAUAUUUGUAUGUUAAGGAUUUGAUCUUCUCUCUAAUAGUGUGCAGUGAACAUAUAUUGGGUAAAGUGUGCAGUGAAUAUGCAGUAAAUAUCUCCAAUUGUGUGCAAGUGUGCAAGUAAACAUAUAUUGUUUAACAUAUGCAAUGAACAUGUUAUUCUGUAUAAUCAUAUUAAUAUGUGUACAAAUAAGUGUGAAGUGAAUGUAUAACAGUAAGAGCAAGCCUAGUAGUUAGCUGAGUACAUGUAAACUUUAAACCAGCACCUAAAGGGCAAACAGCCAAGAAUAUACCUGAGUUCAAAAGGCACAGCCAAAAAUAUAGCAGGUUCACAGCACAAGACCAUAUCUGUGGGAAAAGUCUGCAACACUACAUGUAUAAAAGCAAGACAGGGACACAGAGAGGCAGAGGUUCAUGGAGAGACAUUUGUUUGUCUGUUAGCCUCUCGUUUUUAUUGUCUGGCAAUAAAUCCAACUUUUGAAAUCAAG